UGGGGGCAGUAGGCGGUGACCGUGUUUUGGUUUCAUUCACGGAAGAAGACGUAGCGGGACGUGGGCUGUAGUUUUGAAAAUGGCUCGUCUUCCGUGACUUUUGCGUCUUUAUUCUCGUUUUCUGUCCUUUCGCCAUGAACAGGGCGCAGCUGAAACGAUCGAGGAUUCUGAGGAUGGCGAUGAGCGACAGAGGCCUGUUGGAGGAGGAGGAGGGCAGAGGGGAGCCCUUCGUGUUCCGGGCAGUGAAGAUAGCCGGGGUGGUGGCUCUCUACUGGUUCGUGUCCAUCACCAUGGUGUUCCUGAACAACUACCUCCUGGACAGCAAGGAGCUGGACGCCCCGCUCUUCGUCACCUUCUUCCAGUGCGUGGUCUCCGUGUGCCUGUGUUGGGUCAUGUACGCUUUGUCCACCUUCUGGCCAGCCUGCGUGGACUUCCCCUCCAUCAAAGUGGACCUGAAGGUGUGCAGGGAGGUCCUGCCCCUCUCGGUGGUCUUCAUCUCCAUGAUCACGUUUAAUAACUUAUGUCUGAAAAACGUGGGGGUCGCGUUUUACACCGUGGGCCGAUCACUCAGCACUGUCUUUAACGUGUUGUUUUCUUACGUGAUCCUCAAGCAGACCACCUCCUUCUACGCGCUCCUGUGCUGUGGAGUCAUUCUGGGUGGUUUCUGGCUUGGUGUGGAUCAGGAAGGUGCAGCAGGCUCCCUCUCCUGGUCUGGAGUGUUUUUUGGUGUCCUUGCUAGUGCCUGCGUCUCGCUGAAUGCCAUCUACACUAAGAAGGUGAUGCCAGUGGUGGACGGCAACAUCUGGAAGCUGUCCUACUACAACAACCUGAACGCCUGCUUUCUUUUCCUGCCCCUAAUCUUUGUGUUCGGAGAGUUGGGGUCUCUGGCCUCGUUCAGCCGCCUGGGGGACUUGAGUUUCUGGGGUAUGAUGGUGGUGGGCGGAGUCUUUGGCUUUGCCAUCGGCUACGUUACAGGCCUGCAGAUAAAGUUCACCAGCCCCCUUACACACAACGUGUCUGGCACGGCGAAGGCGUGCGCUCAGACUGUGCUGGCGGUGGCGUAUUACGCCACCAGCAAAUCUGUGCUGUGGUGGACCAGUAACAUGAUGGUGCUCGGGGGGUCCUUCGCUUACACGUGGGUCAAAGGGCUGGAGAUGAAGAAAGCUCCACCUCCUCGGGACUCCUCAGAAACCAGAGAGAAGCUGUUAAAAGGGGAAUCGGGAGUUUGAAGAAAAGCCUAGAACAGAUAAAACUGGGCAUGAAGGACUUUAUACUGGUUUGUCAGACUUUUUGGAAUUUAAAAGCUUGUUGCCUUCUUAAAA